AUGGGCAUAUUCUCGUCUAAGACAUUCAAUCCAGAGAGGGACAUCCCUGACCUCACAGGAAAAGUUGCACUCGUUACAGGUGGAAAUGCAGGAAUUGGGCACGCCACUGCCGAGCAUCUCGCUCGCAGAGGGGCGAAGGUAUACAUGGCUGCCAGAAACAAAGAGAAGGCAGAGGCAGCUAUCGCCAAGCUUAAAGAAGUCGGUUUAGAACAGGUCGUCUGGCUCGAACUCGACCUCUCCGACCCACGCAAUGCGAAGACGGCGGCCAAAGAAUUUAUGAGCAAGGAAAGCAGGCUCGAUAUUCUGAUUCACAACGCUGCCGUCCUAUUUGAACCAUACGAGAUACUGGCUGACGGCGUACAGAGGAUCAUGGUUGUCAAUCUUAUCAGCCCAUUCGUGCUUACCCGAGAACUCGUCCCUGUCCUCAAGAAUACAGCCUCUCAGCCGGAAUCGGACGUUCGUGUCGUCGUGAUCUCGUCUGAUGGACACAAACUCGUCGGAGGCAAACACUCUUUUGCAACCAUUGAGGACUUGAAUGACGAUUGCUCGUACUCGUGGAUUCCCAGCUUCGCUCGAUACUGUAUGUCAGCUGCCCGUCUUCAACCAGAUGCUUACAAGCGUGACGCCUUGUUCACCCAUCUGCUACUAGGUCUUAGCAAGCUGACCAACGUUCUCUAUGCCUCCGAACUGAAUCGCCGCUUCUCCUCUUCCGCCGACCCGGUCGAGCCUAAAAUCAUGGCUAUCUCCGUCCACCCUGGAUUUGUCGACACUUUUUCCCAGAAGCCUGAGAUUUCCCGCCUCCAUCUCAGCCCGCUCGUUGGUUUCAUGGUUUCCCCGUUCGCAGCCGCACCCGAACACGGUGCUUACAAUACGGUGUUUGCUGCUACUGCUCCAGUUGUGAGGAAGGAACAGGAAAAGUAUGGCGGUGGAUAUCUGGCGCCUGUGGGGAGAUUAGUUAGGCCAGACGGAUCGUCGUGGUCGUGGCUUUGGGAGAAGGAGGUGACGGAUUCAAAGGGGAAGGAAGAGAUCGAGGAAGACAGGGAAUUGGAUGAGAGAGGACGAGAGUUGUGGGAUACUGUGGAGAAAUUUUUGAAGGAAAAGGGGAUUUGA